AUGCCGAGAUACAACCCGAAAAAAGCCUCGGCGAAAGCCGCCGGGAAACCAACGUUCGAGAAAGACAAGCGACGCGAAUCGACCGGUUUGACGAAGCAGUUUACCAAAGGAACCUCUUCUAUUGAUUUCGUGAAAACGAAACGGAAAGUCGGGAAGAAGAUCAAGAAAACGAACAACACGAACACAGACGCGAAAGUGACGUCGAAACGCGUGAACGUUUUGGAACAAUCCGUGGCGGCGAAUGCAUCGAACGAUGGGACGUUGCGAACGAAAAGAGGGACGGGGAUGCAAGAACUCGUGAAUCGAACGACGCACCACGCGGGGAAGACGAGGAAAGAAGCGUUGGAAGGGAUGUUGGAGUUACUUUCGGAGUUUAAGCAGGAAGCUUUGCUCAGUCGGAGGAACGGCGGGAGCGCGGACGCGAACGCGGUGUGCGAAGCGGUGUGCGCGAGGUUCGUGGACGCGGACGCGGACGUGAGGAAGAGCGCGUUGGAGUGCCUGAGAGAUGGGUUAUUACCCGCGUUUCAAAACGAAAACGGUAUUUCGCCUCACGCGGAUUCGAUUAUCUUGAGGUGUGGGGCAGCGUUGACGCACGUGGACGCGAGAGUGAGAGAAGACGCGCCGAAAGCGUUGAAGGCGGUGAUUGAUUUCGCGCCGAGAGCGAUGGUGACGAGACGUGCGCCGAGGGAGACUUUAGGUCGGUUUAACGCCGCGUUGUUGGAUUCAGGCGAGGAAAGAGCGAAGAAAGGAUCCACGGGUGGAAAUAUCGAUACCAAAAGGGACGUGGAAGGGAAAAUUACGUCGUUGGAAUGUUGCGCUGCGUUUUUAAUAGCUUUAGAGAAGGAAAAUAGUUUUGGCGCGAGUAAGAUAAAGAUGACGUCAGUAAGUCGUGGUGGUUUUCGAGUAAACUUUCGAAACGACGACGAAGAGAACGAGCGCGAAUAUCCACGAGUUUCGGUUUCUUCGAAUCGUUUGUAUAAGAAUACGAACGAAUCGACCACGUUCGACGCGAACUCAGAAACCGAGUCUUCGGAGACCAGGAUUGCUUUUCGUAAACUCAGAGCGAACUGCUUGAAAGUGUGGCAAGAUUGCGCGGAGACUUUGAGGGAUGAACACGGCGUGGACGUUUUACGCGUCGAAUGUAUGAUUCGUGCGAUGGAGUGCAUUCGAUUGUUAACGGGCAGCGCGUGCUUACAAGAUGCAACCACAAACGACGCCUUUGAGGUUGAAUUCGCGGAGAAAGUCGAAAAAGUUCUUUUAGUAUCCCGCGCGUUUCCGGCAUCAGCGCCGGGCGGCAGCGGGAGCGCCGGCAGUGGCGCUUCGCAGAAACAAAAACAAGCGCAAAACAAAAGCAACAGAAGAGACGCUAAAAAUACUACCGCGACGAGUAACAACGAAGUCUGCGCGAGUUUAGCAAAACAUAACGUCGAAGCGUGCAAAGUUCUACUUUCCAUCUCGAAACGCCGAUUGGUUUCAGAGGCGUAUCCAGGUAUCGGCUACUCGUCGAGGAUGUGGUUGGCGUCUGCUAUUACGCCUCCAGGAGUUGUUUUAGACGGAGGUGAAGUUGGGGACAAAGUGGAAACCCCAGAUGAGUGGUACGCGGAUUUGUUACGCGUCGCGAAAGAUGCGUUGUUAGUACAUCACGAAGGAAUCGUUGAUGUAUCGUUUGAGCAUCUUCGAUUUGCGAUCGCGCGAGUGUGGAACCAAGUGGCUUCCGGGAACGCAUCGGUGUCGAGUACUUUGAAUAAAAAAAAGAGCAGUGGGAAUAUAAACGCGAAGGAAAUUGCGGGACUUAAACGCAAAGCGUGCGUGGAAAUCUUUUCUGAAAUGAUUGACCAGAGAAGCGCGAAGAAAGGACGAAGAAAGGACGUCGUCGAACCGUCGCUGGAAUGGAUCUCCUUCACCUCGAGAGCGCUGUGGACCAUGAAGCACAAAGAGCCGAAAACGACGUAUCAAUUGCUAAACGCCGCGAGACGAUUGGCAAACACCGCGUUGACUGAAACCGAAAACGACGAUAACGCCGGGAUACUCCUAGCGAUGCGCAAGAUCGAAUCUGAAAUUGCUCCUUUCUUUGCCGUUUGCGUCCAAGGCCAAAAACCGAUUCCUGGACCGUUCACUAAACUUCCGCAAGAUGUUCAAUUGGAAGCGUUGGCGUUGCUUGGUGCUCUGCCGUCAAUAUCGGUGAUUACCAUUAAAGCGCUCGCGGCGGCUGCUUUGCUCGAACCGUUUAAAGGCGCUCCGAGCGCAAACGGAGAAGAAGACGAGGAGGAAGAAAACGGCGAAACGAUCGUCGGAAGUGUCGUCGAUCUCGUCUCGUUUCGGUUUAAGAACAAUUGCGAGCUCGCGUUGGUCGUAUCGUUACUCGUCACGUUUCUUGCGGGUCCAUCCUUUGCGGAAUCACUGGAAGAACAAACGCACGCGCGAAAGCUCGCCGCGAAGACGCGUAAGAAAAUAUGCGACGCGAUUAUCGCUUUAGGGGAUGAUGCCGUCUCUGGCAUUCGAUUAGCAUCUACCGCAAUUACGAAAACGAUCGAAAAGCGCAUUGAAGAUGGCGAUAUGCAUGGUGCAGAACGAUGUGCAAAAGGGGGCGUCCUGUUAAUCGACCGCGCGAUGGAACGAGGCGGUACGGAUGUAAACGCUUCUACUUGGGAGAAUGAAUUCGCGGAACUUCGACGAAAAUGGGCGCAAACCGUUCAAUAG